AUGGCAACUACAACAAAAGACGAUGCUUCGGCGGUGGAGCUGGAGGAUAUCACUUCUCAGCCGCAAGCUACUCUUCAUUAUGAUACGAAGAUAGCCCCUGCAGACGGUGACGAUGCUCUUGCUUUUCUGCAAACUCAUCAUGAAGAAUACAGCAAGGAAGAAGAGCGACGUGUUAUGCGCAAAGUCGAUAUUCGCAUGGUGCUAUUGAUGUUGAUUAUCAAUGGCAUUCAAUUCAUUGAUAAGAAUACACUCUCCAAUGCAGGCACAUACGGAAUCGCAACACAAGCCAACCUCAAAGGCCAAGAUUUCAGUCUACUGGUCACCAUCUUCUACAUUGGAUACCUCAUUGCCCAGUAUCCCGUCAACUUACUCAUGCAACGCUACCCGGUCGGCAAAUUUCUCACCGUGAACUUCGUUCUCUGGGGAGCGACCUUGGCAGCAACCGGUUCCGCAAAGAACUUCCAUUCACUCGCCGCGGCCCGCUUCUUCCUCGGCGUCUUUGAAUCCUGCCUGAACCCAGGCUUCGUACUAGUAACCUCGUCCUGGUGGAAGCGCGAAGAACAACCCGCCCGCGUAGGCCUCUGGUACAGCGCCAACGGCAUCAUCGGCGCCCCGUCCGGCGUGAUCUUCUGGGCAAUCGCCCACAUCGACGUGGAUGGGAUGUUCGCCUACCAAUGGAUGUUCAUCAUCUUCGGCGGGUUCACGGUCGUCUUUGGAAUCAGUCUGUGGUGGCUACUCCCCGAUUCACCCCUGACGGCGAGCUUCCUGACGGAGCGGGAACGGUAUAUUGUGGUUCACCGGUUGAGCAGCAAUAAGACUGGCGUGAAGAAUACGCAUAUGAAGAAAGACCAGAUUGUGGAGACGCUGCUUGAUGGCCGGAUCUGGUUGUUGAUUUUUGCGAUGUUUGCUCACAACUUGACGAAUUCGCUGCAGACUACUUUCAUGGGGAUCAUCAUUAAGGGAUUCGGGUAUUCGACUUAUCAGGCUGUUUUGCUCAAUAUCCCGCCUUCGAUUAUUAUGGCUGUCACUAUGAUUAUUGUGAGCAUUACGCUGUCGACGAAAUGGGGAGAAGGGAAGCGCAUUUUCUUCAUCAUUCUCUGCUAUAUUCCUGGCCUUGUGUCGACAGCGAUGCUGUUCGCUCUGCCCUUCAAUGCUGGCACGAAGACUGCGCAUCUUGGUGCGAUUUUCAUUGUUCCCAUGGUGGCUUCUUCGGCUGGUAUUAUGUACUCGCUUCUUGCGAGUAAUGUGGCUGGAUAUUCGAAGAAGGUGCUUGCAGGUGCCCUGUUCUUCUCCUCGAACUGUGUUUCGAAUAUUGUCUCACCGCAGGUUUUCUUGACGCGCGAGGCACCUUAUUACCAUACCGGAAUCACGGUGUGCAUGGCUGCAUUUGCGGUCAAUAUUGCUGUCUUUGGGUUGUUGUAUGUGUUGUAUGCUCGGGAAAAUAAAGCUCGGGAUGCUGAUUCAGCUGGGAUCGAAGAGGAUCUUGUCAAUGCCUUCUCCGACUUGACGGAUCGGCAGAAUAAGACGAUGCGAUAUAAGCUGUGA